AGAACAAACCCCCCAAAACAGCUGCUCAUGAGCACAGAAGAACCCACAGAGAGAGCAGAGGAGGGAUCCCUCCCCCAGGAUGAACACAUUAUUAUAUUAUAACUUUUGUUAGGUAAUUCAUUCCUAACUUGUUAAGUUAUUUUAGUAGCAUGUUGUGAUGGUGAAAACCAAAUGGGAAAGUCUCCGUAAGCUGCAUAAGUUUAUUUUCAUUAUCGAUAAAUCUGUAGAUUUUCAAAGUACUAAAGAUUCCAUCAAAAUUACACCGCUAAACUUCUAGAGUUCUGUUUAGAAAAUAUAUUUUGGAAAAUAUCUAAACGUUGUAAGGCUUGAACUAGUUAAAUGUUUAAUAUUAUUUCUUCGUAAAAAGAAAUGCAUUCAAUUGUUGACAUUGUUGCUUAUUUGUCUGUCGAACCCACUGCUGGAGUGAGCGGUGCUCCUCCAUCAGCAGGUCAGGCCUCGUUCCUCACGUCACCGUGGGUUGAGGCCAUUUUGAAGUAGUGGCGCGUCUUCACCACCCGGGGGCGCAGUUUGUCUACCGUCUCCUACAUCGGCCUGAACUAUUAAACCCUAAACAAUCUCUGUUGAAGCUGAAGUGUAUUUUGCUAUUGGUGUUUUCGUCUAGAUUCCUUUCUCUCUCUCUCUGCGCUUUCUGUUCUCGCUGGUGAAGAUUCCUCUACUUCUGUAAACACCGUUCAGCCUUGUGCCUGAAUAAGGCAGUGCUCCUCACUUCUCUCCCCCCCCGCUACUUAACUCUUUGUCUCCCAGCCAAAAGAGUCUCCUGCUUCUCCCUCCAAAUCGAGUGUUGCCAAGUGCAGUAUUGUGCUUUUAGCCGCGACAGUUUGGUGCCACGAGGCUUCACCUCACGUGACCCAGGGAUCUGUGACAGGAGGAGGAGAACCUCUCCUGAGGGUGACGGAGACUUCUCCUCCUCCUCCUCCUCCACCUCCUCCUCCUUCCCAUCCUGGAUGGGUUGCGCAUGCAACCUCCACUUGCUCUCCGGACUCGUAUCCUCGCGAAGCGCUGCGGUGUGUGAGGUGUGAGGUCAGAGCCGGGGCUCUCUCCAGAACGGGCUCAUAAGAAGGUCCCCGUCCUCCUGCAGGCACACGGGUUUGCAUCCUGAGGAACAGGUGACACAUUCCAACAUUAUCAAGAAACAUGGAGUCGAAAACUGAUGUCGGAUCAGCAUCUGUGACCAGUGAAAAACUGGCUGCUAUUGAGGACGAAGAGGUUCUCAACAAGAUGUUGGACAAUGCAACAGAUUUUGAGGAGAGGAGAAUGAUGCGCGCCGCAUUAAGGGAGCUGCUCAAGAAAAAGAGAGAUAAACGGGAGCAGGAUCGAGGGUCGAGGCAGCAGGACUUGAGGCAGCAGGGCCUGGGCGGAGGAGGGAAGACGGGCGGAGGAGGCGGCGUAGGCAGAGCAUCCAUGAACCAACAGCCACCGGCAAACAGGUCGGCCGGUCAGAUCUCUCCAUCGGCGGGCAGCGCCGCCGGUCCCGCCGUAGCCUCGGCUCAGAAAUGUCCUCCUUCUGCAGCACCCAACGUUAAAAACGUCAAACAGAUGCUUCUGGACUGGUGCAGGGCCAAAACAGAGCCAUAUGAGGGGGUGAACAUCCGUAACUUCUCCUCCAGCUGGAAAGACGGCAUAGCCUUCUGCGCCUUGGUGCACCGCUUCUUCCCCGACGCCUUCGAGUACUCGACCCUCAACCCAAACAAGCCCAGGGAGAACUUCCAGCUGGCUUUCAACACUGCCGAGAGGCUCGCCGGCUGCCCCCCUCUGCUGGACGCCGAUGACUUAGUCCGGAUGAAGGAGCCCGACUGGAAGUGCGUGUACACGUACAUCCAGGAGUUCUACCGCUGCCUGGUGGAGAAAGGCCUGGUCAAAACCAAAAAGCGCCCGUAGAGUCUGAAAGGUCUCAUGAGCAAUGGUUUUGAAUUUUUACAAUGAAUACACGUCGAAGCAUGAGCCGAGGUAUUAAAAGAGAUAAUAUUAUGCAAUUUUUUCAACUAAAUAUUUCCAUUUUUGUCUCUGAUCUUAGAGUUGAUAUUAGUACGUAUCUGGCUAAAGGAAUUAUGUUACAGUAAAUGCAGAGUAAUGUGCAGCAUUUGUAUUGGUUUGUGUAUUGUGCAUUGUGCAUAUUAAUGCUCUCAGUGGACAGCUGGCUCUAAACUAUUCCAUUAAUCCAUGUCAGAGCCAUAUGUGGGAACAAAAUGUUAUCAUGAUGCUGUCGAGGGGCUUAAGUGUAUCGUGGACAAAUUUGAAUAAAUAGCAAUUCCAUUAUA